AUGGUGUUCGGAUACAUGCCGCUGCACCUGACGAACACGCUGUUCGUGCCGCUGAUUGAGCCGACGUACGCACCGAACGAUGUGCUGCGGAUGGUGCGGGAACUGCUGCCGGCGGCGACGGACCAGGUGCUGGUGUGGACGGUGGGGGUGCAUGUGGCGGCGGGGGUGGCGCUGCGGGCGAUGAGCUGGUACCGACGGUGGACGCGGCGGGGGCGGCGGUACGUGACGCGGGUGGAGUCCGACACGUCGCCGCGACGGAUUGGGCUGAUCGGGGGGCUGUCCGGGUACUUCCUGGGGCUGAACAAGACGGUGCGGCACAACCCGCACGCGGUGUCGGGGUACUUGCUGGUGCCGUUGCUGGCUUACCACGCCGCGUUGAUGAAGUGGCUGCCUGCGCGGGCGGGCGUGGACGUGGACUUCGACUUUGUGCAGUGGCUCCUGUACGGCGGGACGGGGUCUGCGUGGACGCGCUGGGGGCUGGGGAUCAUGCCGCUAGCUGGGCUAGUGUCCGUGGGCGCGUACCACAUGUUCACCGGGCUGGUGCAGCUGUUGAGAUGGCGGUCGCUAGCGCUGCGGCGCAAGGUGUUCAACGUCGUAGUCGGGAUCAACGUGGUCGGCCUGGUGAGCCUCUGGCGGCUGAGCACGGUGCGGCCGAUCAUGAACGUGCAGUACCACCGGAUCCUGCAGCAGCUUCUCUGGCGGUGA